ACGUAAAAUACAGGGGAUGAAGAACUACGGUACUACUCCGAAGACUUCUUCUCCGGCGCCGGCGGUAUCCAAUCAACGAUGGAAUGAACUCGUCGAUCGGCGACCGUGGAAGGAAAUAUUCGAUUACAAUUCAAUCGAUUUUCCUCGUAACCUCAAUGAUGCAAUCGAAAGGAUCAAAACGAAUAUCGCCUAUUUCCGUAAGAAUUACGCCGUUAUAGUGUUUAUGGUUGUCUUUCUGAGUCUUCUAUCACAUCCAUUUACUGUGAUUGUGUUUAUGAUCUUGGUUGCGGCCUGGAAUGUCCUAUAUUUCGUCCGAGAAGAACCGCUGGUCGUUUUAAAUCGAACAAUUGAGGAUUGGUGUGUACUUUUAUUUCUUGGAACCCUAACUAUUCUGAUGUUAUUUCUAAGUGAUGCGACGGUGAACAUAUUGAUUUCUCUCGCGAUUGGAUUGAUGCUUGUUUUGAUUCACGCCGCUAUAAUGAAUAAUGAAAAUUUGACUGUGGAUCAAGAGGUCGCCGGAUCUGCUCCUUUCUUGGCUAGAACGCCGCCGCCUGGUUCCUCAACCUAAGCAUUUGUAAUUUUUGUUAUUGUAUGUUUAAGUCAUAUUGUUAUACCAUUAUGUAUCUUCUUGAGUGUGAAUUAUACAGUUAUCAUGAUUUCUCCAAUCAUAAUUGGUACCAUUAUGUGAUCA